AUGGCCAAGGGCAAGUGUGCCACCGGCAAGAUCUCCAACCCCGCCGCCCUAUUUGCUGCCGCGAGCAUCGGCUCCACAUAUACGAGCCUGAGGCUCUCGCCGGCGAGCUCACUGAAGCAGGGCAGGCGGAAGGUCACGGCGACCGUGACCUACGCCAGCGGCGUGACCGUGAGAGCCACUUGCGACUUUGACGUGGACGACGAGGAGGCGCCGACCAUAAGCCUCGUGACGAAGUCUGUCGGCGGGGCUUGCGCGUGGCCGAGGCCCGGCAAGGCCGCCGCGUGCUUUUUGCCCAAAGAGCUGGUGAAGGUGACCGACAACUGCCGCCCGCUGCCGGCCCCGGUGUUUGUCGGCUGCGAGGUCACGUCCAACGGAGCGGCCAGUGACUGCUACCGCGAGGCGGGCAAGGUGUGCAUCAAGUACCCGGCCGCCAAUGCGGCGGAGCCGCGGGUGGCGCGUGUGACGUUUGUGGCGGAGGAUGGCACUGGGAAUGCGUCCCCAGAGACACCUGUCAUACUUACGGCGUAUGGGGCCAAGCCAGGCUCUGCGGCACUGGGGUGCAGGCCGAAGUAG